UAUGUGUUGUGUGCUAAUCCAAUUAACCAAGUUCGCGCAGGAUGCCCACGAAGCAGAUGCCCCAGCGAGCCAAAGAAAACGCAAAUAAAUUAAUUCAAUCAGCAGACAAUUAGACAAACAGACAAAUGAAGAAUUCCCACACGCACAAUUCGCGUGCCUAAUUGAAUUGUUUAUCAGCUUCUCUCUCUCCCUCUCUCUCUCUCUCUAUCUGACUCUUUUCCUCACACGUCUAAUCAUCAACAUAGUGUGGCAUUUGUUCCAAUUAUCCAGCGAGGCAGUGAUUUUAUGCCAAUUGUAAAUUGAAUUUGUUAGCCAUGUUAAACUAUCAGCAGCAUCAGCUGCACUCCCUACCCGUCGGCAAUCCCAGCAGUUUCUACUAUGCCGCCUCAACGAUGCCGCCGGCGGCUGCAUCCAGUGCAGCAUCCGGACCGGUUUCCGUAGCUCCAGCUAACAAUUUGACAUCCGUCGAUUCGACGGCGGCGGCUUAUCAGCCACAGUCAGAGCCUGCGGAGCUGAAUGCCGCCUUUGCCAAGGAUAAGGACAUCAUCGCAAACCAUAGAGAGCUAGAUAAAAUGCAUCGGUUCUCGGUGGACAAUCUCAUUGAACUGAAACAGGAUGGCUAUGCAAAGAGCAAAAUGCGCAUGGAGCUAACAAAUACUUUUGGCGGCGUCGGUGGCGCCCUGGAUUAUCCCAACAAUCACGGUACGGGGCACUCGAGGAAGCCGCGACGUAACCGCACCACUUUCAGUUCCGCCCAACUGACGGCCCUGGAGAAGGUCUUCGAGCGCACCCAUUAUCCGGAUGCAUUUGUCAGGGAGGAGCUGGCCACCAAGGUGCAUUUGAGUGAGGCUCGUGUUCAGGUCUGGUUUCAGAAUCGUCGAGCCAAGUUUCGUCGCAACGAGCGAAGCGUCAGCAUUGGCCGUCCAAUUUUGGAAACGGCCACACAGCUGGUGGCCGCUCCGAUACCCAACAAUAUGCACAAGUAUCCAAAUCUGACACAUGGUGCACCCCCUGGGGCCUACGCCCUGAAUUUUGCACCGCUGGAACUACGAUCCUGCCAGAACUAUACGAACUGCUAUGGCGGUUUCGGAACGAAUCCGAGCAGCUUCUUUGGGGCGCCAAACUAUUGUGUGGCCGCCAAUUAUGCAAAGAACGCGUAUCCAACGCUCUGAUGAA